GUCACAUUCAAAUCUAUCCACUAUGUGGGUGGGACUGCUCAAAUUUGGGAAGGUUUUAGCGCAUAAAAUGGGUGGAUCCAGUUCAUGCUCGUGCUGCAAGCGCUUCCAUUCGGUCACACCAACGGAAACUAUAGAAGGCAACCGUACUGUCACUGCUCCACGGAAACGGAGCAGAUAUUCCGGAGAUUUAUCUCUUGGAGAUCUGUUUUGAAAAAGCUCUCUUUGCAAUAAUGGUGGAAUGAAUUUGGACAGAAUCGCAGAGACUGUGAGACCUCCGCCGGCGCGCGACAUGGCUUCCACCUUUCAUUUGCCGAGAACUUCGAACGGCGCUCGAGAAACGUUACAGAAUUCAAGCAGCGAGUCUUCAGAUACUGAAAUAGCAGAAAAGGAGAGGAGCGUUGAACAAAGGAGCGACGACGGAAACGCAGACGACAAGAAGAAGAAACAGAGACGCCAGAGGACUCACUUCACCAGUCAACAGCUGCAAGAACUCGAGGCCACCUUUCAGAGGAACCGUUAUCCGGACAUGAGCACGAGAGAGGAAAUAGCCGUGUGGACCAACCUCACUGAAGCCAGAGUCAGGGUGUGGUUCAAGAACCGGCGGGCGAAAUGGAGGAAGCGCGAGCGCAACCAGCAGAUGGACUUGUGCAAAAACAGCUACCUUCCCCAGUUCAGCGGCCUCAUGCAACCGGACGAUUACAUGUACCCAGCCUACACCUACAACAACUGGACGAACAAAGGACUGACCCCGGCCCCCCUCUCAACGAAGAACUUCACAUUUUUCAACUCAAUGAGUCCCCUCACAUCCCAAUCGAUGUUCUCCGCUCCUAACUCCAUCUCCUCAAUGACUAUGGCUUCCGGCAUGCAUGGGCACUCGAGUGUACCGGGGAUGGCAGCCGCGGGCCUGAACAACAUCAGCAAUCUCAACGGUAUAAGCAGCUCCACAAUCAACUCGGCCAUGUCCUCCUCCGCCUGUCCGUACGGGCCUCCAGGUUCCCCGUACAGCGUGUACAGAGACACAUGCAACUCGAGCCUGGCUACUCUUAGACUAAAGUCAAAACAGCACCCAACCUUUGGAUACAGCGGGUUACAAAGUCCCGGCUCUAGUCUUAAUGCCUGUCAGUACAACAGUUGACGGGUCAAAGCAUGGAUGAAAAAAAUACUAUUUUUUUCUGCGGACAGCUGUGUAGACUACCUGCGAAAUGGGGAGGGGGCAUAAAACAACUAAACUGGAUUAGUUGCAAUCUUGUGUUUUUCAAAUGGAUUAUGCGGGUUGUAGGCUAUGUGUUCACCAAAUUAACUUGCACAACAAUUUAAAGUGAUGAAGACGUGUUACAUUUGCAACAUUGUACAUAGACAAACUUGAAAAACAAGGAACAUUUUUGUGCUUUUGUUUUGCUUGUUCUUUUGCUUCAUGGACCCCAACUGUUUGAACGUGACGUGUAAUCCUAUAUAGGUUUAAACACCAACUCCUGGACAAUAAUCUAAAAGUAAAACAAUAGCAAACACAUGAAACCGGACCCGGUUGAAGAAGAAAUCUAUUGUAUAGGCUAUAACUAAGACUUCUAUAUUGCUAAAUGUGCUUUGACCAUUAAUACAGGGGGUGCUACGUGCAUGGCCCGGUUAAGGCAUUGCGUUCUGUUUAGUGAUUAAACUUUUAUAUGCUUAGUCAGGAGUAUUUUCGUUUAAAUUGUUUGCUAAAAUAUAAAUCCCGCAUGCUUUACUUGCAACGUGUUUUUUGUACAAGUUGUUAUAAUGUAAGAUUUGCAGAAAUAAGUUCAUUAUAAUGUAGGUGGUGAUUGAAAAGUAUCUUAAUGUGUUAUUGGUAAUAUGUUUGUUUGAAUAAACUGCGGCAAAUAGAUGUCAAUUUAUCCUAUUAAACAGCAUAUUUCG